UAAUUCCAUUUUGUUUUUGGGCUCUCCAUGUGUGGACAAGUUGGAUGAACUCAUGGGCCGAGGGCUGCAUCUCUCAGAUAUCCCUAUCCAUGAUGCUACUCGAGAUGUCAUUUUGGUUGGUGAGCAGGCUAAGGCCCAAGAUGGCUUGAAGAAGAGAAUGGAUAAAUUAAAGGCAACUUUAGAAAGAACUCACCAGGCCCUGGAAGAAGAGAAAAAGAAGACAGUGGAUCUUCUAUAUUCUAUUUUCCCUGGCGAUGUAGCCCAGCAGUUGUGGCAAGGGCAACAAGUGCAGGCCAGAAAGUUUGAUGAUGUCACCAUGCUCUUUUCAGACAUCGUUGGCUUCACAGCCAUAUGUGCCCAGUGUACUCCCAUGCAAGUGAUCAGCAUGCUGAAUGAACUGUAUACCAGAUUUGACCACCAGUGUGGAUUUCUGGAUAUCUAUAAGGUGGAAACAAUAGGUGAUGCCUACUGUGUUGCAGCAGGACUCCAUAGGAAAAGCCUCUGCCAUGCUAAACCCAUUGCUCUGAUGGCCUUGAAGAUGAUGGAACUCUCAGAAGAGGUGCUGACACCUGAUGGAAGACCAAUUCAGAUGAGGAUAGGCAUUCACUCAGGCUCUGUGCUGGCUGGAGUUGUUGGAGUGAGGAUGCCACGUUACUGCCUGUUUGGAAAUAAUGUCACCCUAGCAAGCAAAUUCGAGUCGGGAAGUCACCCUCGGCGCAUCAAUGUCAGCCCAACCACUUACCAAUUAUUGAAACGGGAAGAAAGUUUCACAUUCAUUCCUCGGUCCCGUGAAGAGCUUCCAGACAACUUUCCAAAGGAAAUCCCUGGGAUCUGCUAUUUCCUGGAGAUCUUUUAAGGCACAUGACAAUAGUAUUUUACUAUUUGGACUGGGACCUCCCUUUUUCACUUUUGCAUGAUUGAACACUUUGUGGAUUUGUGAGAUAAGGAAAAGAAGGUGAGCAUGUAGGCAUAGAUCAUUUGGGGACAGAAGCGACCGAGAGGAUUGGGACCUUGACUUUCAGAGGCUUUGUCAGUCAAGAGAAACUUAGAUUUAUAAAAAUAUAUAUGGGUGUUCUUUUUCGCUGAAUUUAAAUGCUUUCUCAAGAAGUAUCAGGGUCAAUCUUUUUGGACAAUCUCCUAGUUUUAGCCCCAACAAAUGUCUUAAUUUCUAAAAAAAUCCUCUUAUUUUCAAAUUCAAUUUUUUUAUGUACCACACUGCUAAAGAUUGAAAUUAAAAAGACAAUUUUCUAUUUGUAGGGAAGUUGUUUUCUGAAAACUACUUUCCAAUAAGGUGGAUACAUCAAAUGUGACUUGACUUUACCAGCUCUUUGUCUGGAGAUAACUGAUGCACUGUCUUGUUUCCUGGGCACCCCUAUGUAACUCAGCUUGUCAUAGUAUAGUGUUUGGGGUUCUUUUUUGAGGAUCUGAAAGCAUUUGCCUUCAAUUUUUAAGUCUACUUCACUGAAAAAGCAAUAUACAGUGUAUUCCAUAUUUCUUAGCAUUACGCUUUUGCUGUUUUAACCUAUAUUCAGAUAACUGUUUUUAACUACAGUUUUGAGUAUUCACCAGAAUUAACAAAUUAUCAUGUUAUUAAAUACAAAAAGGCACAGCUUAGAUCAUUUUAUGAUAUAGCAAAGGAUCAAUCAUUUGCAAGCCACAAUCCAAAGCACCCCCCCCCUUUUUUUUCCAGGAAAAAUUAAAUUAUUUCUAGCAAAGUAUUUUAUUCAUAAGGGAAAAUAGGUCAAAUAUUUAAUUUAAGAGUAAUUAUGAGGAAGACAGAAGAGGAUUCCCAUUUUAGGUGAUUCCCCCUGGCAUUGUAAUAAUUUGAACAAAUCUUUAAUCUUCAAAACUGAACAUUUUAUUCUUUGUAUGUCUUUGAAGUUAGUGUACUAGUAUAAUAUUCAAACCACUUAACAAUUGUCUUCAUGAUAUAAGUUUAUGUUCACUGGUAGAAAAUCAUAUAUAAAUCAUAGUUUUUUUCUCUCUUGAAAGAUGUGCUUCAAUAAGUUAAAUAGCCUUUGAAUUUUUGUUCCCACUUCUUAUUUAGAAGUUUUUGUUAUACACCUCAGAGGUCUUAACUCUAACAGAUCAGAUAGUCAAAGGAAAGGGUAUGAAAUAUUCAGAAAAAUUUAAAAUUUCAAAAGAGAAGAAUUUCUGUUAGUCAACUUUUAUUUAUUUCAGACUGAUAAAUCUAUUUUGAAACUGAUAAAAAAAAAAGGCAGCUAUCAUAUAAAUUGGGACCUAUGAAAAUACUGAUUUCUUUUUUGACUGUGAUUUUCAGUGUUAAGAAAGCCUUUAUCUUAAAAUGGUAGACUAUCUUAAUACUUAUUCAGAUGAAGAAAUUUGACUUUCAAUACCUUUAGCAUUUUUCUCCCUUUAGGAGAAUAUUUUUUGAAUGAUUGUAAAUAUAGCAGAAAUGUGGAUGAGAAAAACAGGAGAAAUUAAGUUAAAAUUUGAACAGCUGUGAACCACAGUCCCAUUUUUCCUUUUAUUCUGCUUUCCACUGAGUGGAUAUCUGUGGCCCAGAUCUGUGAAAUGUACAAGCUCCUAAUUCACUGUCUCCUUCAAGAAUUUGGAGCAAAAAUUAUUCCGGCUAUGCAGAAAUUGAUUCACAUCGUCAUGGCAGGUUAUGACUACAGGGAAAGUCAGGUUAGGUUCAAAUAGAAUAAUGGUCCAUGGAGAGAAAUACUUUCUGAUUUUUCUUAGAGUUGGAUGAACAGCUUUUUCUUUAUUUAAAAGAAUCCUCCUGAGAGUUUUGCCUUGGAAAAAGUCUAAAGUUUUAUAACAGCUGCCUGUAGCUACAUUAUAACUUCGGUAAUCAAGUGAUGAAACUGUUGCAUUAUGCUUUUUAAAUGUACCGAUUAAGUGCAUUCCAGAAAUAAUAAUUAUCAUUCUUCCUUUCAAAAUCAACCCCUACCUGAAUUCUGACUUGCCAACUGUGAGUAGCCAUUAAAAAAAAAACCAAAGCGUCUCAUUUGCCAAACAGUACUUUAGAUAUCAAAUUUAAGCUUGCUCAUUUCAAUGCAUAAAUUAAACAACCAGUAGAUUUCUAUCGAACAUUCAGGCACUAUAUAAUAAAAAAUAGGUUUCCCAGCUCACUUAAUAAAAACACACCGUUAUAAUGUGCUAGGCCUUCAUUGGCUUCCUCUGCAUGGGGUAUUUUUAUUUAACCAGAAAUCUGCAUUACUUUAACAUUUUGGCUAAUUUGCUGCAAUUUCCUGGAUCUAAAUUUUUGGUUUGGCUUGCAAUGUAAAUUAUAUUGUUUAUCUGCUCUUUUGCUAUCAGAUUUACUUUGUGAAUAAUUUCUUUUAAAAAAAUCUAGUUAUUACAAACUUAAAUUGUAAUGUCAUCAAAUAAUAUCAGGUAAAUAUACUAAUAUAUCUGUAGGGCAUGGUUAAAUUGCAUAUAUUUUGAAAUGUCGAGCUAUUCUUUGUUUUGUUUUUUUAAAUGAAUGCAUCUCUUAAACCUGUAUCAUUAAUUUUAAGAGGUUUCAUUUGAUGUUUCAUGUUAUAAUUUAAAAUAUUUUUAUCCAGUAGUACAAGUUUAGAGCAACUUUCUGAUUGAAAUUAUAAAAUAUGCCUCAUUUCAAUACAAUUUUAAGAAUAAUAGUACAUGUAAAAGUAUAAUACUUAUAAGAUUAUAAAUAUCCACUGUAUUUUCUUUGCUCUUCAUGUAACACCAUUUUUACUCUUUCUUUUAUUUGUAAUUAUUCUAAAUCAUAUACAAUGUAAAUAGCAUGUUUCAUGAUGCAAAAUAUCUUUGUAUUUACAGACUGCAGAACAAGGUGAAUUUGUAUAUGAAAAAUGAGUGAUGGAAACCUGAGAUUCUUAUAAAACAAAGUGAAAAUGAUAGUUGUGUGUUAUAUUUACAUAAUUCAUCACAAUAUUGUCUAAUUACAUCAUGCACUUAAUUAUCUUAAAAGUGUCCAAACUGUCACUCAUAAAAUAUUUAAAUCAAUAAAUUAUAUCAUAAAAAGAG